AUGGCAAAGGAAGAGGGUACAGACGUUUCCGACAAUCAAGAUGAACCUGAUGACUUCAGUAUUAAGACGAAGCAAUACGCGCCGCAGCUUGAGAAAGACCACAAGCUAGUGAUAUUGAAAAUACUUGGCUCCGGAUCAUAUUCGCGUGUCGCGCGAGCAACGUUUGGCGAUAAGAAGAUCGAAGUAGCCGCCAAAAUCAUUAAUAUCACUCCGACAAAAGAGAAGGAAGAUUAUAUUCGGAAGUUUUUGCCGCGAGAAAAAGAAAUUGUAAAAAUGUUGAAGCAUGAUAAUAUAGUUCGAUUACAUGACAUGAUCACAUUUCCCGAGCACAUCGUGUUCAUAACAGAAUACUGCGGUGGCGGUGAUUUGCUCAAGAAAAUGAAAGACGUGAAGGCGCUGAACGAGGAUGAAGCUCGAUUUAUGUUUCGGCAAUUUAUCGCAGCGCUUAUGCACCUUGAAAAACACAAUAUAGUGCAUCGCGAUUUGAAAUGCGAGAACAUAUUUCUCGACAAGUAUGAGAACGUGAAGCUCGGCGAUUUCGGCUUCUCGCGUAUUCUGAAGCCCGGCGAAAAGUCGGGAACGUUUUGCGGCAGUCGCGCCUACGUAGCGCCCGAAAUUCUGCGAGCCCGCGAGUAUUCAACCAAUGCUGUCGAUGUGUGGAGCACCGGCGUGAUAUUGUACAUCAUGCUGACCGGCUCGAUGCCGUUUGAUGAUCGGAAUCCGCAGAAGAUGAUUGAACGACAAUUGGCACACAAAAUAAGAUUUCCUAAGAGUUGUACGGCGUCAACAACAUCGAAAACGCUGGUACUCGAUAUUCUUCAUCCGCACGCGCCGAAUCGGCCGACGUAUCGCGCGAUUUGCGAAUCCGAAUGGCUCAAGAAUCAACUCUACUAUAUGAAGCCUGAUGAUCCGACAAAACGAAAAUCGCGCGAGGAUUCGAAGGAUUCGAAAGAGGAUCCGCCGAUUGGUACGCCGGGAAAGAAGCGUGGAGGGACGGCAAGAGCACAUGGAUGA